AUGCAUCCAUGGAGUGAAUUCGUUCUCACUGUGGCAUUGGCUGGCGGAGUGGCGUGUGCCACAGGUUUGAAUUGUCCGGCCACGUGCACAGCGACAGUUGACGGCUCAUCUUGGCCAUGCAGAUACCAUAGUAACGAGUGCAAAGUGAAUGCUACCCUGAAUCCUUCACGAAUUGAUGUGGUCGAUCUCAAUGUGGCAGUCAUCAACCCAUACUCGGGAGGACUGGGGGAACUUAUGACUAUGGUUGAGCCUUCUGUUGCCCAGGCCAUCCAGGAUAUUGAAAAUAGCGCCUUUUUGCCUGGCUAUAGACUUAACGCAUACGUCUCAGAUUCCAAGUGCACAGCUCCUGAUGCAAUUUCAGCAUCUCUGGUUGCUAUGACCACGGCUCCGAAGAAGCAUGUGGUAUUGAGCGAUUCCUGCAGUGCAGCUUGCGAAGCCGUCAAUGACGCCAUUCGACAGUUUAAUGUGCUGCAGGUAGGUCCCGGCUGUGUGUCGGUGAGCUUGAGCGACCGAGAUCGCUAUCCAUAUUUCACACGGAUGGCACCUUCCUUGCGAUUCAACGUGAUUACUCUCUAUGAGCUCUUCAAGUUUCUGGGUGUCCAUCGAGUCGGCAUCAUCUAUGGAUACAGGAACAUCAACAAUCUAGUGAAAGACUUGUUCCUGGAGAUGAUGGCAGUGGACAAUGCUGCUGGAACCUACUCAUGGACUCCCCUGUAUACACAGCGUGUUGAGUCUAUUGAAGAUGCAGAAUCCGCAGCGCAGAUGGCGCGCAGCAAAGAUGCAAGGAUAAACUUCAUGGCCCUGUAUGAGCUGGAAGGUUCCAUGGUACUGUGUCAAGCCUACAAGAAGAAUAUGCUCACUCCAGAAUUCAAUUGGUUUGUUGCGACAGGAUGGUGGAAUGAAAAUUUCAUUUUGCUAGCGGCAAACACUGCAGAGAGCCCAUGUACUGAGAGCGAACUACAUCGAGCAUCCUUUGGUCUAAUUGGAGUUGACCGUGGACCAAUGCUCAACACAAAUGUGGUGCACUCGCUGUCGGGAAGAACACUAUCUGACCUGUACCACGACUACACCGUGGGUUGUGAGGGCUUCGGAAAUGGAAAGGGUGUUUGCAGUCACCAGUGGGCUGGUUAUUUUUACGAUGGUAUGUGGCUCAUCGCGCAAGUCUUGCACAACUAUUUGAUCGACCAGAACAGGUCUUUUGAUUCCUUGGGUUCCAGCUUCUCCUUGGACGCGCUCUACGAGCUGGCAUUGCACGUGGAUUUCCAGGGGCAAACGGGGCGCGUGCGUUUAUUCAACUCCGUGGAGCCCAAGACGAGUCCUCCGUCCCACGGAGAUCGCGAUGGCAUUGUGCUGCUGCGCCAGGUGACAGGUGCGCCAGCAGAGGCCUUUGUCCAGUUGGCCUUCCGGACUGAGGACGAAGAUGGACGAACGAUCAGACGCGAACGGAGCUCCGACACCAAGGAGAUGACUCCUUGCAGCGGUGCCACCUGCGACUUCGGCACAUAUCGGCCAAAGGACCGGAGCAGUUCAUGCCCAGCAGGUGAAGUUUGGUCCAUGGAGGUCGAAUGCUCCGUUUGUCUUCCGGGCACCUUUGCCCCUCUCGAGAAAUCUUCAAGCUGCCUACAGUGCGCUGAAGGCCAGGAGACUUUAGUUCUGUGCUGUUUGGUUCUUUGCAACAAGCAAAACGGGUGCGAAGGGAUUUUGUUGACUGGUUCUGGUUGGCCUGGAGUAGGCAGCUAUGCUGACCAGAUGCAAGCCACAGAGUGCCGCAAAUGUCCCAGAGGCACUUAUGCGCCAACGUGUUCUGGAUUAAGGCUGUUCUUUUCGGUGAUUGGUUUUAGAUUCAACAUGACACUGCCAUGGAACCGACUCUUUGUUUGUGGAGGCCAUCGCUAG